ACGCCCUCGACGACUUCGACGACCUCGCCGCUUUCACAUAUCCUCCACAGAUCUCGAGUGCGGUUAAAGGUGCAGCAUCGAGUCCUGGUGACUUCGUCCGGUGGGAGUUCUGCUGCUACUGCUGCUUCUGCUUCGCUCCGCCUCCGAUCUCCCCAUCAGUGGUCACACAUUGCCCACCAUUCGCGACGAAUACCACCGACCGCAAUGGCGACUUCAACUACGCAGAAGAGGAGCCAUGCAGGACACUCGCACGGCGGCCAUCAUCACCACCACGACAAUACAUAUCUCACGAGCAAGAAUAGCAGCGAUCCAGGAGUGAGGAUAACACGCAUUGGGCUAUAUGUCAACUUGGGCAUGGCGAUUGCAAAGGGUACAGGAGGAGUUGUGUUCAAUUCACAAGCCUUGACGGCAGACGCUCUCCACGCAUUGACGGAUCUGAUCUCGGACGUGACCACAUUAUUGACCAUCUCCUACUCGAUUCGACCGGCUUCAGCACGGUUCCCGCUUGGCUACGGUAAAGUGGAAUCCCUCGGCGCCCUCGCAGUCUCAGGCAUUCUCCUCUCCGGCGGUUUCAUGAUUGGGCUACAAGCAGUCAUGGCUCUCAGCCAGCAGUUCUUCCCUCAAAUCUUCGAGGCUCUCUCUCAUAUCGGCAUGUUCGAACAUGCGCAUCACCACGGACACGACCAUGGAGCUAUCCACCUGGGACCGAACAUCAAUGCUGCGUGGCUAGCUGCGGGUUCAAUCGUGGUCAAGGAGUGGCUGUAUCGAGCUACGAUGAAGAUUGCCAAGGACAAGAGGAGUAGUGUUCUCUCGAGUAAUGCAUACCAUCACCGCGUCGACAGUCUGACAGCUUUCGUCGCACUCUUCACCAUCGUCGCCAGCCAUUUCCUAGAAGGUGCUCGCUGGCUAGAUCCCGUUGGAGGCCUGAUCAUCAGCGGCAUGAUCGUGCAAGCAGGCUGGGGCAACACCAAGUCCGCACUCUACGAGCUCGCCGACGCAGGAAUGGAAGACGAAGCCCGCGAAGGAGCUGAAAAGGCCGCGAACGCCGUGUUAGCUGGACGGAAAGAGGAGAUCCGUGGCGUGCAGGGCAUCAAGAGCGGGCAGAACCUCAUGUUUGAGGUGGAGGUCGCCGUGGAGAAGGAUUGCUCGGUGGCGAAGUCGAAUGAGAUUGAGGUGGAGAUCAGGGAGGCGAUUGCGGCGAGUGUGCGUGGUACGAAACGGGUUAAUGUCAGGUUUACGACGAAGGAGGAGCCUGCGUUUCUUGAUCAGUUUGUGGCUAGUGAGGAGAAGUUGGAUGGAGAGGCCGAUGGACAUGGACAUGAUCAUGGGCACGAUCACGAUGAUCAUGACCAUGGACACACGAAUGGGGCUAAGCAGAAGUAG